AAUUUCAGGAUCCCAAACGAGCUUCCGACUUAGAAAAAUUCUGUACUGAAACGAUUGAUAUAAUUCAGCCAGCUCUUGUUCUAGCAACAGGUGAUCUGACAGAUGGUAAGACAAGAGAUAAACUGGGAUCUGAUCAGAUAGAAGCAGAAUGGAAAACUUACCAGGCAGUCCUGAAGAGACUAAGGGUCAUGAAAAAAACCAAGUGGAUAGACAUCAAAGGGAAUCAUGAUUCAUUCAACGUUCCACACCUGAAUAGUGUUCGGAACUACUACAGGAAAUACUCCGCCUGGCAUAAAGAUGGCUCUUUCCAUUACAUCCACACCACUUCUUUUGGGAACUACUCAUUCAUCUGUGUGGAUGCCACACUCAACCCAGGCCCUAAGAGACCCUAUAAUUUCUAUGGGAUUUUAAACACGAAUCAAAUGGAAGAGCUUUCUUUAAUGGCAAAAGCAAGUCUGCACAGCAAUCAUACAAUCUGGUUUGGCCAUUAUCCCACCUCAACAAUCAUCUCCCCAGCCCCAGGAAUAAGAGCAUUAAUGAGUUCUGCCACAGCCUAUUUAUGUGGACAUUUGCACACAAUGGGUGGGCUGAUGCCAGUCUUGCACAGUCAGCACCAUGGUGGCACUCUGGAACUUGAAUUGGGAGACUGGAAGGAUAACAGGAAAUAUCGGAUCCUCGCAUUUGAUCAUGACCUCCUCAGCUUUGCAGAUCUGAAGUUUGAAGAAUGGCCUGUAGUUCUCAUCACCAAUCCCAAAUCCUUCCUUUACAGCAGUUCUGCUCAUGAACCACUAGUCAAAAUUCUUCAUUCCACUCAUAUCAGAAUUCUGGCCUUCUCUCCUUCUGUCAUUGUCUCCGUCGAUGUCCGUAUAGACGGUGUUGACUUGGGGAAUGCACAGCAGGUGUCUGGCCCUCUCUAUGUGCUGAAGUGGAGCCCUCAAAACUACAGCGAUGGGUUCCAUCACAUAGAUGUGACUGUCCAGGAUGCUUCGGGAAGAAUUAGCACACAGAGUCAUGUGUUUGCUAUGGAUGAAAACCUCUCUCUAAGAUUUGCCUUUUGGCCAUCUGUUAUCCUUCUCACUGACUUCUAUGUUCUAGCUCGUGUGCUCUUUGGGCUGAUUGUGCUGAUUCAGAUUGCCUUGCUUGUUGUUUUCAGAUACCUCCAAAAGCCCGCACUCAAAGAAAAGCCAGGAUUGCUUACUCUCACCUCGUAUUCCCUUCAUAUCUUCAGUAAAACGAACACCUUCUUUUACUCAGUUCUGGUUCUGAAUUUAUACACCAUUCUUGGACCAUGGUUUGUAGGUGAACUGAUAGAUGGCCAAGUGGGGGCUUGUUUUUCCUUUGGAGUGUUCACUGGUGGUUCCUUCUUACAGGGCAGUCUGACAUUUGUUGUUGGGAUUUUACAGAUGUUGUUCUUCAACCUGCCACUAACAGCCUACCUGUGCUGGUGCCUGCUGCUGCGAUGCCAGGGUCACAGCUUCCGCUCUCACUUCCGUCAUGUCCGACGCCUCACAACUGUGCUUGUUCACCUGGCAGUGGCACUGCUCCUGGCCUGGCAGGUCUACUCCUGCUAUUUCCUGCAGAGAACCUAUGGGACCUUGGCUUUCUUCCUCUCCCCAAUGAGAACAUGGCUGGUGGUGCUGACCUCAGCUCUGAUUUAUAAAACAUGGACACUACAAUCAUCUGAGCUCAGAACUUACAUAGCAGAAAUGAAAAACUGUCAGAGGUCCUGAAGUACAACUUUUAAGUAUUCAGAGUUCUUUGACUUAAAAACUGU